UGAAUAUAUGGCCAGAUAAUUUAAAUUAUGAACACGUUGAUAUUGCAAAGUGCUCGCUUGGUACAUAAGUAUAAGUAAUUGAAAUCAGGUCGUCGAUGUGCAGAGCCCUGUCAUCAAGGCACGGUCCAAGGACAAGCGCCAUUCCAGAGUCAUUGACACACAACUUCCUCGUGAGAGGAGAACACCGCCAAGUAUUGUGUUGUAUCAGAGAUGCCUGCAUCGCGUCCGUCGAAGUAACAAGGUGGUGUGCCGAACGCCUUUAUCACCCUCCCUCCGUCAGGAUCCAAACAGCCCUUAAGCCCCGAAAGGAGAGCCGCAAGGUUCCAUGAGAAGAGAUAGAUCAACUAUUACACGCUAGGCUUUCAUCAUCUAUCAUCUGUUAGCAAUGUGUACGCAUGAGUCUGAAGGAAGCAAAAU